ACUCUGGCCUGUUGUUGUCAGUCGAGCGUUAGCCUUCGUGCGCAUAAUAUGUGUGUGCGUCAUUUAACCUCUUAGAACUGUCAACAAAUUGAGAACUGUCUAUCAACUUCAAAUCUUGUGAGUGAGGCCCGAAGUUUACAAUUGACCUUCAAUUGAUAAGUCAAAGUGGUGUAACAUUUUUUUGUCAACAGUGCUACCCCAAAUUUGCCAAUCCCUCGAAUGUUUCAUGACAUUGAAUGAUGGAAAAGGGAAGAGGAAAUGUCCUGGACAAAUUUAUUCGGAGUAUUUCGUGUUUUCAAUGGGUCAUGGAUAAUAAGUGUUAAACAAUUGGAUGUCUGAGCGCAAAACUUGGAUUGAUUUCAACACUAGGUCAUGAGGUGGAGGUCAAGAUGCAGGGAUACGGAAAGAUCAUCGUCCUCUUGGUUAUCGUGGGGUACCUACGACCAACAAGUUCAAAUCAGUGCCUCAAACAUUAUCCAGAGAUGAACCCCAAGCGAGUUGUCUACUUAGAUGGCCAGUCCCUGACGAUUCCCUUCGAGUUGACUCAGAGGGCAACCCAAAGACUUGCGACAAGAGUGAUGAGGAUAUUCCUGAUGGAAGUUCUCGGUUAUGCCGACGUGACAUUAAAAGAACCAGACGACGUGUUCGAUAUAACAUCCGUCUUCAUAAAGAUGGCCAAGAGCUUCGAUCCUGACGUCGACAGGUGGAUUCCGGAGACGAUGGUGAACAUGGAGGUGUGGAUUUCUCCCCAGACCGAAGCGACAGAACUGCUGAAUCAGUUUGACGUUAAAGAAUGCGGACCCAUCUGUUCCACCGGGAGAAUUGGUUGGUUCGUUCCCGAGGAGUUGAGCAGAUUCGGUGAAAAUUGGCGGAUCUUCGCAAAUCGGGAGACAGCCGAACGCUUUUCCGUUGACAAUGACACUCUCCAACGCAUUCAAAAGUCUUCGAUAGAUCCAGUCACGGGUAAAUACUAUUGCGAGGCAUCCUUUUGUACACGAGGAAUGUAUAUUCCUCCUCAGUGCUUAGCAGAGAAAACUCAGUCCUGCGCUGUUCUCCUCACUUCCGAGACAAACAUCACUCAAAUCGUUAAAGAACACAUCGACCAGCUUAAGCUCUUCGUCAAAGUCAUCUGGGUCGGUCCCAAUCUACAGAAGCUAACAACUUCUUUGACUAAAGAAUAUGCAAUCUGGAAUAAGAGGAACGACCGUAAGAAAUCUCUGGUGAUGCUUCACUGGACUCCCAGCGAAAUCAUUCCAAACGAACGUCAAUUCAUAGCCAUUGACUUGCCGAGAUGCGGUAGUGGAGACCUCAGGAUUGGCUGCACUUACGAGACAAAUCGAUUAGUCAAGCUCGCGUGGUCGAAGCUCGAGUCGAUCGCCAAAUUCGCCUGGGAGGCAAUCAAUCGGUCCAGAUUCUACCCAUACAUGUACGAAGACUUGAUAGAUCGUUACAACAGGCUAUCGGGGAAUCAGACCGAGGACGAUGUAGCCUGUGGCUGGUUGCGAGACAAUUUGAAUUAUACUCUUGAAGAGUGGAUGCCCAACAGUGCUGACAAGAAUACAUUGUACAUCGGUGGUAUUUUUCCCAUGUCUGGGAUAAACUACAGAGACAAAUCCAUUCUGUUAGCAGCCAAAAUGGCAAAAGAAGCUAUCAAUAACAACAGCACAAUUCUUCGGGAUUAUAAUAUGGUUUUGCUUGCUAAUGAUGGCCAGUGCACAUCUGAUAGGGUAAUGAAGUCCUUCAUCGAUUACAUUUUCCAUAAUUAUUACGAGAAACUCGUUGGUGUCCUUGGACCUGCUUGCACAGAAACUGUUGAGCCACUCGUGGGUGUGUCGAAACAUUACAGAACAGUCAUCAUUAGCUACGGCGCUGAUGGUUCCAGCUUCGAUGAUCGAUCCAAGUAUCCGUACUUCUUCCGAACGAUUGGAGAAAAUAAGCAGUAUCGGUACGUUUACCUGCAGCUAUUGAAGAGCUUCGGGUGGAAACGAGUUGCUGCACUUACGGAGGAUGGACAGAAGUACACAGAAUACAUAUCUUAUAUGCAGGACCUCUUGAGGGAUAAAGGAAUUGAUUUUAUUGCUAAUAUCAAGUUUCCGAGGGAGAGAGAGAACAAUCAGAUGACCCAGUAUUUGCUAGACCUCAAACGGAAACGCGCCCGGAUAAUCAUUGCUGAUGUUUAUGAUACAGUUGCUAGACAAAUCAUGUGCCAGGCGUACAAAUUGCAGAUGAUGCCCGCGCAGGGCUAUGUAUGGUUUCUGAAUCUCUGGCUGCGGUCCAAUUGGUACGACACGGACUACCACAACAAGUACAGCGAUGAGAAGGUCCCGUGUAAUACGACAGAAAUGGUUACGGCUAUUAAUGGCCAUCUUGGAAUAUCCCAUGCAUACGUUGCGCCUGAUGAUAAUGUCAUACAAACGGGGGAAACAGUCGCCACUUGGCGAGACAGUUACGAACAAGCGUGCAGGAAAAAUAAUGAAACACCAUCGAUUCACGCGGCCUAUGCUUACGACGCUAUGUGGACAUAUGCCUACGCGAUGGAUCGACUCAUUAGAGAAAAUCAAAGUUAUGUCGUUGACCUUCACUCUGAGAAGACAGUUAAACGAUUGACCAGAAUCAUUGAGGAGACUGAUUUUAACGGGGUAUCGGGACACAUAAAAUUUUUCGGUGGUGCGUCCCGCGUCUCAGUAAUAAACAUCAUGCAACGAAUAAACAACAAGAUCCGAAUGGUUGGUAACUUCUAUCCCGAGGUAUCCCCGAUGAGUCACGAGAUAAUUGGGGGCCAAUUGAUCCUCAACAAAUCGGAAAUUGUCUGGUUAUCGGAAUCGACCCCGGAUGAUGGAUCUGAGCCCCCAGUGCGCUGCAUCCUCGGAGACAUGCCAGAGCUUCUCAACGUCUCCUGCGAGGCUGCCAUAGUCAUUGUCAAUGUGAUAGGUGUGAGUCUUUUGGUGGUGCUUCUAAUUAUAGGGUUCAUCAUAGUGAAACGCAAGUACGACGCUAAAGUUCGCCAACAUGAGAAGGUGAUGGAAUCUUUUGGUCUCGAUCCACGUCACACGACUUCCGGUCUGGACAAGUGGGAGGUUCCACGCGAUCGUGUUGUGAUCAAUCGUAAACUCGGAGAGGGUGCAUUCGGUACAGUCUACGGAGGUGAGGCAUUUUUUCCAGAGAAGGGAUGGCUUGCAGUGGCUGUGAAGACCUUGAAAACCGGUAGCUCCACCGAAGAGAAGCUCGACUUUCUCAGUGAAGUCGAAGUGAUGAAGCGAUUCGAGCACAAGAACAUUAUAAAACUGUUGGGUGUCUGCAUCAAGUCAGCGCCUGUACUAACAGUCAUGGAGUUCAUGCUCUAUGGAGAUCUUAAGACUUAUCUACUUGCUAGGCGACAUCUGGUCAACGACCAGAAUUACGAGGACUCUGACGAAAUAUCGACGAAGAAAUUAACAGGAAUGGCGCUGGAUGUGGCGAGAGCUCUCAGCUACUUGGCGCAGAUGAAGUACAUUCACAGGGAUGUAGCAUCUCGUAAUUGUCUCGUCAAUGCGCAACGAGUUGUUAAACUCGGUGACUUUGGUAUGACUCGACCGAUGUACGAGAAUGAUUACUACAAGUUCAACAGGAAGGGGAUGUUGCCUGUUCGGUGGAUGGCGCCAGAAUCACUUGGUCUCGGCAUCUUUACACCGGCCUCUGACGUCUGGUCCUUCGGGGUUCUUCUGUACGAGAUCAUCACCUUCGGGAGUUUUCCGUUUCAGGGUAUGAGUAAUAAUGAAGUCCUGGGGCAUGUCAAGGCGGGAAAUUCUCUCAGGGUGCCCAAAGGCGUGAAGCCCACGUUGGAAGGACUCAUCAAGUCGUGCUGGGCUGUUGAUCAUUCCAAGAGGCCGACAGCUCCGGAAAUCGUUGAUUUUCUUGCCACUAAUCCGAGACUUCUCAGUCCAUGUCUCGAUGUACCUCUUGCCAGUGUACAGUUGGAGAGCUCUAGGCAACUGGACUUCCCAGGGCAUGAUAAUAUCACGAAAUUCUCACUGCAACUAGCCUGGCCCAUGUCCAGGAGACAAACUGUAGACAAUUCGGGGAAAAUCAUUUCCGAUUCCACUAACACUCCUCUUUUGGAUAUCCAUCAGGAAAAUAAUGUAGACACCCCCAUGAGGCACGAUGGACAACUACCUCUGCUUUCUGGAGAAUCUUCUGCAUUGCUUCAACCGAUUAAUGUUAAACCGGAAGACAUUCCACGGUAUGUGAAUCUUCAACCUCGUGAAUUGAAAGUUGGAAAUGGAAGAGGGGGGCUACAGGAGAGAAACUUAGAGGAUGAUAUCAGGGAGACGGAGGGUGAUGCAGUUUUUUGAAGGGUGUCAGCACAAAAUGAGGGUUGAUUUAUUUGCAAUGAUGUUUUGUGAUACGUUUGAUGGGUUAUCACUCGUUGGUGGAAGCGUAACGAGACAGUUGGGUAGAAAUAAUGGAUUGGAAGGCACAUUGGGGACUGGAACUCCUCUUGAGGUGAUUAUCGGUGGUGGAUAUCUAUCCGGGGCAGUACCUGAGAUGAUAACAACGCAAUUAAGUGAAAUACUUCAUUCACUUUGCGUUUUAUCGAUUGUUUAGAUAUUAUGUGGUAUAUGUUGUAUAUUGUAUAUGAAAUGUUUCUUACAUAUAUGCAGGAAUACAUCCAAGAGAAUAAAAUUUUGUUUUGAAAAUGACGGUGUUCAAUAGAACGGGCUGAAAGUAAGAGGCGGGACUUUCACAUUAUUUGAUUCACCAUUUUCAUUGCUUCAACUUGAAACUUUAAGUAUUUGAAUGAUUUGAAGAUUUUUAAAAUCAUGACUUUGUGUUUUCAGAUCUUUUAACUUGAAACUUUAUGGACCCACUUGAAUGUUAAAUGAAUAUUAUAAUAUAUAUUUGAAUAAUCAAAAUAAUCACGGCUUGUCCUGCAAGUUUCAACUUGAGAUUCUUGAAAGGUACUUUGAGUUUUAGCUACUUAACUUUAAUUUUCUUUCCAAUUUCUCACUGCGACAAAUCUAGAUUAAAAGAAAAUGUCAAGUUAAGUUCUGACACUUUUGAGUGUCGAGACUUUUAGGAUUCAAACUACCACACCGCAAAUUGAGAUUUGUGAAAGUCUCAAUUUAAGAUGUUUCAAAUCAUAAAUUAAGAUCUUUUUUAGGAGGUGAUAUAUCCAUCACCACCUGAAUGAGUGAGAUAGAAACUCUAGCUAAUAUUGUCCAAGGUCUUCUCAACGAGAUCAUGAGAAGAUAUUAAUUAUCAGCAAUUGUAACCGUCAUUUCAUCAUAGAGAUUGUCUAGGCAGUUGAUUUUUCAAAUAAUGACACGAUCAUUGCGGCGUCUCUGAGGCAGACGACGAGUAGUUUUAAAUUGAGCUGGAAAUCGAGACGAGUUCUGCAAUCGAUAAAUGGAUAAUACGCUUCUGAUAGAGAUAAUGAAGCUAGGAGAAGUCUGAAGAUUGUAAUUCGUGAUAAAAUGUAAGUCGUUGCUUGAGUUAUUGAAUUGGAAUGUGUAAAGUGGAGCGAGAGCAUCACAAGUCCUCCGUUGUGCUCUGUGCUUUCACCAAAGUCAGGAAGAUUAAUGUCUAUUUUUGUAAUUCAUACUCUUUUUAUAUUGAUGUGAGGUAUAAAAUUACUGAUCUACCUGCAAAAUUAAAACUGUAUUUUGAGACUUUCAAAA